ACAUACUAGAAAAAGUAAAGAGGGGACACACUCAACAACUCACCGACCAUCUUAACACCAUAGACAAUACCGGCAAUAUAAAAUUCACACAUGAAGAAGAAACGGAGCAGUCAAUAGCAUUUUUGGAUUUAAAAAUACAACACACAGAAGAUGGGGACAUCAAAAUAAAAGUACACAGAAAACCCACACACACCGACCAAUAUUUAAACUGGACUUCCGAACACCCCAUAAUGCACAAAAUAUCAGUAGUCAGAACAUUACAUGAACGCACAGCAAUAAUUACAGAUCCACAGGACAAAGAACAGGAAGAACAACAUAUACAACACGCACUGAAGGCAUGUCAAUAUCCACAAUGGGCAAUAUCCAAAGGGGUGGAACAGGUUAAGAACAAUAAAACACAGAAGAAAGAGAAAAAACAAACUAACAAACAAGAACACAGGGGAGUAGUUACAUUACCAUACAUCAGGGGAAUAACUGAACGCAUUCAAAGAGUAAUGAGGAAACACAACAUUAACACACCUGUCAAACCACACACAACACUCCGUCAGAUCCUGGUUCAUCCCAAAGACAGAAUACAUCUGGACAACAGAUGCAACACCAUAUAUGAGAUUCCAUGUAAAUUAUGCAAUAAAACUUACAUUGGGGAGACAGGAAGGAGUUUCAACACAAGAAAACAUGAACAUAAGAAAGAGUGCGAAAAGGAGACAGCUACAAGACAAACCCGAACAAUAAAAGAAAAGGCGCAACAGGAAAAUUAUAAGUCAGCUAUAACAGAUCACUGUAAAAGGGAAAAUCAUAUUAUGGACUGGGGGAAUGCCAGAGUCAUCCGCACAGAAGAUAACAAACAUCAGCGCUGGAUCAGGGAGGCCAUGGAGAUCCCUAAGCGAAGCCCGAGGACCAUCAACCGGGAUGAGGGAGCAUACAUGCUCUCCCAUACCUGGAGUGCCAUCUUGCAGGGGACGAACAGACAGUAUAAGGCGUGACCGACCUGUCAAACCAGACAGGAAGGCCACGCCUUCAGAAACAGCAGCUGAUAAAAGAUGCGUCACCAAUUAACAUCCGGUGACACUCUGAGGAAGACGGAAGUUGUACGUCGAAACAUGUCAGGCUCACAUGGACAAAACAGCAUGAAGUUCUUCAGUCUUUAUUGGCUAAUCAGGAGUGAAGCUGUGCUGGUGCUGGUUCUGGUGCUGGUGGGGCUGCUGGGGGCUCUGGUGAAGACAGAAGAGCAGCUCUGCAGUUCUGAUGGACUCACAAACACUCCAUGUAAACAAAAACCCCACAAUCUUUAUCAAGAGAAUGAAGAUUCAGUAAGUUAUGAGCAAUUGAAGCAGAUGCUGACAUCUGGAAAUUUGCAGCUGUUCGAUGUUCGUGAACCAGACGAGUUUAAGGAAGGAGCCAUUCCAGGAGCAGCUAAUAUUCCAUUGUCUGGGAUACAGCAGGCAUUCACACUGACUCCAGAUCAGUUCACACAGCGUUAUGGUGUCCUGAUGCCUGAGAAACACUCCUUGGAUGUGAUACUGUACUGCCAGAGGGGGCGCCGCAGUCUCACUGCACUGCACACUGUCCACAGCCUGGGCUACAGCAGAGCCCGUCAUUAUGUCGGCGGUUAUAGCGAGUGGCUCACACGUGAAGCCCAGUGAGACCUGCAGUCUGUUCUAGGAUCAGUUUUAUACCACACACACACACACACACACACACACACUUCAGCAGGACCUGAUAACGGACCUCUGUGUGUGUGUGGGAGGGGGGGGCAGUAAUUAGACCCCAGAUUGCUCCCUGUGCUACUUUUUCAUUUACUGAUACAGCAGAAGGAAAGAAAGAGUCUGGAGUUUUCUGUAGUUCUCUGUGUUUGUUAGUUAGUUAGUUAGUUAGUUAGUUAGUUAGUUUGUUUGUAUGAUGUGAGAUUCCGUCUGUUAUUAAAUGCAUUAUUUCUCAUGCUGCUGCUUUACACACAUCCUGAAGAGACAGAGAUGGAUACAAGUGAAAUAUUUAUUUUGUUGUUGUUGUUGUUUAACUCCACUGUGUUUACUGUGUGUUUGUUUCCUCAGAGAGAAAUUAACCAGUAAAUUAAACCAGUGUCUCUUUCAGAAUA